AUGAUCGAAAUCUUACUAGAAAACGUAACAUUAAUCGUAGGAUUAAUUUUGGUAUUAGUUUAUUGGCAACUACCAAGACGAGCCAAAUUAAAUGAACCACCACUCGCUUAUUAUCGAUUUCCAAUUAUUGGACAUACAUGGAGAUAUUUAACGGAUUGCGAAGGAUUGAUUUUAGAAUCUCGGCAAAAGUAUGGCGAGACAUUUUCGAUAUACAUAUUCGGCCAAUUAAUGACUGUAGUCGGAAAAGAAACGUCUCACGAAGUAUUAAAAAAAGAUAAAGAUUUUGAUUUUAACGAAGGAACUAAAUUUCAACUUCCUUUGGAUUAUAUAUUCCCUCAUAUGAGCACGACUAAUAAUAAAACAGUUGAAGUAGUGAAAGACUUUGCCAAAGGAAAAUUAAAGGAUAUGUUGAGUAGAUUACAACAAAAUCUUACUAAAGCUAUGGAUAUUUAUAUUGGUGAAUGUAUUGAACCGAAGGUUAUUCAUAACAUAGAAAGUGUUUUAUCAAAUAUUGUUUCAAUUCCAAUUGCUAACAUUGUUGUUGGUGAAGAAUGUUACCAUUUCGGAGAUAUUUUAGAAACUUUUAGACAGUUAACAAAUUCAAUUGCAAAAAUUUCUUUCGUACCACCAAUAUUAGCUUUUAUACAUCCCUGGCUUCAUCAACAAUUUGUGACAUUUGGCUGGAAUCCUAUAGCAAAACAUAGAAAUAUAAUUAUCAAUCGAAUUAGACCAGUCAUCGAGAAACGUCUUAAAGAAAAAAAGGAAUUAGGUGACGCUUGGGUUGCUCCCUUAGAUGCACUACAAGUUUAUUUAAACGAUCCAGCAGUAGCUCCAGAUCUCGAUCCAAAUCAUGUGAAUUAUGUUUUAAUUGCCGACUCUAUUGGUUUAAUUGUUUUUGCAGCAAUGUCAACGACGUCCCAUAGCGCGUCUUACGUUCUAUAUAAUUUGGCGGGAAGGGAAGAAUACUGGCAAGAACUAUAUGAGGAGGCUCAGGAAAUUAAUAAACAGUGCAAUGAAAACGAGCUUACAUCUGAUGAUAUUGCUAAAAUGGUGAAAUUGGAUAGUUUUGUUAAAGAAUCUUUAAGAUUAGCCAUUAAUAUAAUUUCUUUGUCACAUAAAUGUAUUUCUAAAUCUCAUUAUACGUUUGAGAAUGGAUAUCAAAUCCCAAGUGGUCGCAUAGCUAUAUUAAAUUAUGUGGACACAAUUAACGAUGAAGGUCUUCAAGGUCACAAUCCCUCAGAAUUCUAUGCAUAUCGCCAUCUUGAACGUAAUUCUUCCGCAACAAAAGUCGAACGAAGUUUUUUGACAUUUGGAGGUGGAAAACAUGCGUGUCCUGGUAGAUUUUUAGCUGUUAAUGAGAUUAAGAUGAUUGUGCACAAAAUUAUAUUAAAAUAUCAUAUUAGAACUGAAUCUGGGAAAGUAAUGCCAUAUAGAUAUGCUGGAGCUAAUCUUAUGAAGGAUAUGAAAGAUG